AUGCCACCCGCCCGCGCCCCCUUGCUGCCCACACCCCGCCUUUGCAAGUCCAGCCGCCCGCCGGCCCUGUCAGUCCGCCUGCCCUGGCGUGCCGUCUUGCUUUCCGCACCCUCAAAACACUGCGCGCGCCGCCGGCUUCUCGCACACACGCCAAAAGCCGCGGGGCCAGCGGGCUGGCUCCCCGCACCCAGCUCUCUCUCCCCCCCGAACGCCCCUGCCGGGAGGACGGUGCAGCUCAGCAAAAGCCGGAGGCUCUGCGCCGCCGCCGGCGCCACCAGCAGCCGCGCGCCGCCCCAUGCGCGCCAGCGCGACGCCGUUGCGUGGUCCACCGGCCCGACGGCCUUGCGGCCCUCCGGCCCUUCGCUCCCCGCCGCGGCCCGCGAACGCCUCCGCCCUCAGCCCCGGCGGGCAACGCGGGGCACGCAGCUUCCCGCACCCAGCUGGCCAAAGCCCUUCUCCACCGGGCGCUGGGCGCCGCCACUUCCCACGACGACUUGGGGACACGGGACCCAGCUGCCUGCACGCGUCGCGGCGCUGUGCCGAGCCGCACGGCGGGGGCGUCGCGAGCCUAGGAGCCCACUGAGGCAGCCAGUGGGGGUGGGUGCGUGGGCGGCCGGGCGGCCGGGCGCGCCGCAAGCUCCGGCUCUGGUCGGGCAAGGCCGUGGGGUGGCCAAGGAGGCCCUCGCUCGGCCGUGGCGACCGUGCGCCCGGCGACCACAAAGGGCUCAGGCUGGAGGGCUGCACGGGGAGAGGGGGGGUCGACGGUGGCUAGGCAGGGCACCGCGCCCUGGCGCCUCGCCCAAAGGCGGCGGGACGAGACCAAGGGCCCUUGGGGGCCUGGCGGCAGGACAGAGAGCGACCGCGGCCACCAAAAAGGGGCACGGGCCCCCGGCCACCGCGGGUCCCGACCCAACCGCGCACCCAACCAACCGCCUCGGUCACAGCGGCAGCCCGCCACCCCGACAGGGCCCCGGACCCCCGGGGCACUGGACACUCCCCAGUGCGCGCCGCCUCUUGCCUCCAACGCGGGCAUUCCGCCGGCAGAAGGGGGCCCGAGAAGGAAAGCCAGGCUGCGAGGACACGGUGGGCGCGCGCCGGCCGGCGUCCGGCCAGGAGAGGCGCGGCUGGGGAGGGGCCGGCCCGCCCAGGGCCCGGCUGGGUCCGGGGCGCGACCCGCGGCCGAGCCAGGCGCCUCGGCCUGCGACCGCCGCGCGCCGGCUCCGUCGACACCCACCCCGGACGGCCGCCUGCCUGCCUGCCUGCCUGGCUGCCUGGCUGCCUGCCGCGGCGCAGCGCGCGGCCCGCCAAGGGCACCGGGGCUGGCGCCGCGUCGGGUCCCAGCCAGGCGAGCGGCCACGCGCCCAGCCAGGCCCGCCGUCAGGAUGGCCGAGCGGUCUAAGGCGCUGCGUUCAGGUCGCAGUCUCCCCUGGAGGCGUGGGUUCGAAUCCCACUCCUGACAAGCCAGCCUUUUGGCCCGCCGGACAAACGCACCCGUCCUCCCCGCGCCACUGCCUUUCUCCGCACACGCGCUGCCUCCCGCCGCCUGCACCCCCGCCCCAGGAACCUUCAGUCCUCCUCAGCGCAUCCUUCCUCCCCAGCUGGCUGCAGCUGCAGCUGCAGCUGCUGGUUUUCCUGCCUCCCCGCUUCCCCCUCGCCCACCCUCGCCCACCCUCCCACUUCCACUCCCACGGCCCCGCCCCGCCCCCGGCCGCGCCGAAGCACGCAGCCCCGCCGCGGGUGGCAAGCCCUCCUCGCGUCGCCGGCGCUCCGACUUCUGCCGGGAACGGCCAACUGGCUCUCGCAGCCUUGCUUCCACGUCCGCCCCCGGCCGCUCUCCCUCCGGCCGGCACCCUGUCCUCCGCAGCCGGCCCGCCGGCCCGCCUGCGCUCCCCAGCCACACCGAGGCGGCCGAGCCCCCGCCUUGCCCGCCAGGGGGGUGCUGCGUGCCCUCGACGCUUCUGCGCCUUGCGGCCUUGGCCGGGCCACACCUGCCUGCCGCCCGCCAGGGACACGUGCCUCCCAGCCUUCCUGCGGGCCAGCGAACACCGGUCUUCCUGGCACGAGUCCGUCCCGGGAAGGGUGCUCCUCUGGGGAGGGAGCGGAAGCCCUGCGUGCCCGUGCAGCCCACCCACAGGCGCCCCCGCGCCCGUUCCCGGGGCAAGCCGCUGCCCGGGCCGCAGCCAAGCCCGCCUGCGCGCGCUCCCUGCCUCAGCCGGCAGUCCCCGAGCCAGGAGCCGCUCUGCCAAAGGGCCCCUCCUCACCAGCACCACCACCCCGUCAGAGCCGGACCUCGGGAGCGCGGGCCGCCAGAGCGCACGAGCCGGGCUCACACGCCUUGGGGUCGGGACCCGGCGGUCGCUGAGAGGAACGUCGGCGCGCGGCCGCAGCGACCACGCGGCGCCUGCGCCUGCACCUGACAGGGAUGCCGGCGCCGGGCAGACGGCGUCGGCUCCCGGCCCCCUCGGGCGACACCGACAGGGUCGCGGCGGCCGUGGUCGGCGCAGAAGGCGCGGGACGGGCCGAGUGGGUCCCUCCGAGAGCGCCGCGCCCUGGGGUCCUGCACGUGCCCGGAUCCUGGCUUUCAGGUCGCGCCCCCCACCCCCUACCCCCAACCUCUAUCUCCCGUCGUCUCCUGUUCCGAUAGAGCAGAUAGAUGCCGACGGGCGACGGGCGAGCAGUGAGCAGUGCCGGGCGGGUGGCGGUCAGCGCCUCUGGGGCGGCGUCGGGCGGCUUUGGUCAUCGGUGCAUGGCCCCAGAGCCCAGCUAGGUCUGCCGGCUGAAAGGCGCUCCGGGCAGCGCUCCUGCAACCGCUGGCUGCUACCUGCCGCCCGCUGCCUCUCCCACGCAGACGCCCACCACCCCGCCCCGCCCCACCCCACCCAGAAAAGGCCCUGCUGCCAAGCCUCCGUGGCCCCAAGCCCUGCGGGCUCAGCCGCCCGUGCGUCCAGGCACCUUUCUUGGGUUUGCUCGCUUCCUCACCCGGACCCAGCCGGGGGCUCAGGGAUUGCCCUGGAAGGAAUACCCCACGGCUGGCAGCCGCCCGCACCACCUCGUCACCUUUCACAACGUCCGUCUCCAAGCUCCCUGCCUCACUCUCCCCACACUCCGGAGAAUCAAUCACACUACGUUUGCACGGCCAGGAGCAAGGAAGUUGCCACAUCUGGCAAGCAUACAUCCCUUUCGCCUGGAGGGUCCCUGGACCAGAGUCUUGCAGGAGGACUUCCAAAGAAGUCCACCAGCUCCCCGUCCCUCGGCAGAAAUAGGUCCCCAACAGGGACGGCCUCACCGUCUCCAACACCACCCCAUCCCCCUGAAACCCUGUUGCGCGCCACACCUCAGCAUCAGCCCUGCCGCAAGAGCACCACCACCUCAGCCUGCACCCUCACCGUCCCCCGACUUCCCCAAACGCACCCCAUCCUCCCACCCCCACCCCGCUCGGCGCCUCCCCCAUCUGCACACCCCCCCUCCUCCCCACGCCCAGUUCCUCCCUGA